AAUGCGCCACAGAAUAAAAAGACAAGCUGGCAGCCCAGCCACAACCCUGGUAUAAAACGAGCUGGAACACUAUUAGCCUUCAACUUUACACACAUCUACCAACAAGGUCAAUCCACAGUGACGUAUAUUGAUCCCCUGGCUGACCCAUAGUGACCUAAGCGCUGUGAUUGUGAAGAGCGUGGUAAAGAUGACCAUGUUAAGUGUGAUGACGCUGGUGGGAGUUCUGAUCACCGUGUCUCACGCUCACCCUCAUAACUUGGGGUGUGGAGUGUCCCGGUCCAUGCAUGGAGGUCGCCAGCUGCUACGGGAGGUUCUACCUCGGUGUCUGACAACACCCAAACCUUCCAUUGAGGUGCGCACAGCCUUCAAACACUGCGCUACCCAGGUAAAACAAAAAAUGACUGAUCCUCAUCAUGCACAGAAAAUGGACUCUCUCAGCCUUGCUACUCUAGGUGUGGAGGAAGCCUUGAGAGAGCAGGUUGUGGAGUGUGUGGUGGAGCGUCUGGAACUCAGCCUAGAGGGAGGAGCUCUGGACACAGCAAAACUCCUUGACUUGAUCUCCACCAUUGAUGGAGAUGACCUCGGGAAAGUUCUGUACCUCCGAGCAGUGAUGACCUCCUGUGUGGUGAACAACCCAUCAGACGUCAACGCUACCCAGCACUUGAUCGAGCUUAUGGAGUGUGUACGGAAGGAGGCAGCCGACUUCUGUGACACCAGGCUCUCACUGGCCAAGCUCUGGAUCCAGGGUGAUGGAGCCAUGUCUGCGUGUAGUGCUGUUGUUGUGGCCCCGCAGUAUGCAGGAGCUUGUAGCGCCUGCGCUAACACCCUGGGUGUGAACGCUGUUGCAGCAUGUGGAGACAGUAUGGGAGGCUCACCCCAGGAGUCUGAUGCCACCACCACCCCAGCAUACACCUCCACCACUACCACCACCGCAUCCACCCCCACCUCCACCAUAACAACAACCACCCCCAACGCCCUCACUAGCUUCACCAAACAAAAUAUGGUGGCUGGUGUUCAGCUGUGUGCUGGCGAGCAGCUGGGGUGGUACAGCAAAGAAAAUGGGAUCAAACCUGUGGCCCUGAGGGACUUCAUAGCUAACUUCUCAGGCUGGGAGGACAUCCCUGAGGAGCUGGCUAACGUGACAGAUGCGAUCGUUAACUGUGAACCCAAGAUCAGCGAGGAAGGAGGAGUUAACACCUUGCUGGUUCGGGGCACACUCUGGUCUGCUUGCUUCUACCCCAAAUAUUUUAGCACCUGUGGAUUUAAAAGUAACCUGACCAUGAUGCUGUUCCCUGGCUACCACCAGCAGAUGGAGAAGGAGGUAGAGCAGUUCAUGAGUCAGAUAAUAGACUUGGGUGACGACACUCUCGGCCAUGACCAACCCCAGGGUCACCAGGACGCAGAGAUGGUCGAUGCUGGUUUGCUGGAAACCUCGCCUGAGAAGAAUGAAGAAGUAUCAGAGAUAACAGAUGUAGACAUGGAGCGGGAUGUAGAAGCCAUGACAGCUGAGAACCUCCACCCACCACCACUCUCAGCUCAGAUGAAGGGCAAGGAAGCCCAUCCUUCCAAGGACCUGCACGAUAAAUCUGUCCACACAUCCACUGAGACAUCUAGCCAACGUGAAAAAUCCACUGAGAAUCCCUCCCAAAAUUCAUCUGAGAAACUCGCUGAAAAUUCAAGUGAGAAGCCCCCUGAAGUUUCCGGGGCCUCUGAGGUGACCACUGCAGAGGAGCUGACUGAUAGUACCAUGAAAGAAGAGGAGACAGUGGGGGAGGAUGGCGGUACUGAGACUACCACACAAACUGGUGUCUAAUUUCGUCACUCCAAUGUACACACAAAUCUGGAUGAUGCACGAUGCUGUAAGUCCGACAAAGUGAGAAUUUCACCGACAUUUUCUGUAUUGGGAAAGAGUCAGGCGGUCUGGUUGACAUGGUUUGAUCAGGUUACUAACUUCGAACAAAAUCUUUAGUACGAUGUUUUACCCAAAAAGUGAGUGAUGAAACUCUUUUGUGGGUUUAUAAAGCCUCUCUGUGAGUGAAACAUCGUAUAAUAAUGUUUCUCCCAUGCUACAAAAUGUCCUUGAAAUUACAGAUUUGGUCGUCAGGACUGCAGUGGCAGGCAAUAUAUAGGUCUAUUACACAAAUAACCAGGUUACGACGACGUUUCAGUCCGACCUGAACCAUUUAGUCACACCGAAACGUCGUGGUAAGCUCCUCCUAUGUGCGGGUUAUUUGUGGAUUGUUCCAGUCACGGUAUUGUGUUUUUUGUUUUUUAUAGGCCUAUAGGCCCGUAAGUGGUAAACAGUUCCCCUUUCCUCUAACUAUUCAGUAUAUCCAUGUUACUCAGAGUCAUAUUAGAGUUUGUUUCGUGUUUUUAAAACCUCUAUAUACUCAAAGAAAAAAAAAUUAUAUCUUUGUUAUUAACUCAUAAUUAUAAUUUUAAGAACUAAAAUUAUAAUGUCGCGAGAGGCUAAAAAAAUCAGGUGUGCUUAAUAUGUUUUUAUUUAGAUAGAGUAGAGUUUGUAAAAUGUUAAACUACUUCUUAAUGUUAAAAUUAACAAAUGAGAUUUAUGCAGUGUUAUCGUCUAUAUUUUUUUGUAAAAGCAGGUAAAUACAGCAUAAUUUUUUUUUUUUUUUUUUUGGGGGGGGGUAUUUUUCUACACUCAAAACCUAUGCAUAUAAAUAUUAGAUACAAAUAAUAACAAAAUUUAAGUUUUGCAGCACAUUAGAAGGACUGAACUAAUAUUUUGAAUAGGUAAUUAUGUCUUCUCGUCUGAUUCAUAGUUGACGAAAGAGAGAAUAUAUUAUUGUAACACAAUGAAUAAUAUUUGUCUAUUAUCAGUUAUGGUCAGAUGCACUGCAAUAAAAAAAAUUGUCCAGACAAAAUUAUAUCUUUUUUCUAUUAACAGCCCAUAACAAUCAGCAUUUAUAACCUGUAAUGGUCAAUAUUCAAUUGGUUACGAUAUUUAUUAAUAUGUAUGUUAUUAUCAUUUAAUAUAAAUUGUCUGGGCUCGGUGUAAUCUAAUAAUGAAUUAUGUAACAAAAUAAUGUUAAAUGGUUGUAAUAAUUGUAUAAUGUUGGUUGUAUCAUAAACUAACUAAAUAAUGGUAUAUCUGACAGACAAACUUCAUCCAGCUGGAAAAAAAUACGUUUGUGUUGCAUACAUAUCCUGAAAUAAUAACUGAUAAGGACACCCAAUUUUAGCCACUUUGUCCAUCACGGGAACACCAAUAAUAAUGAAAUUACUGAAAAAAUAUAUUUUAAUCUUUGUGAUUCAACGAGAUAUAAUUUGGUCAAUAAUAUUUUUUUGAGGAAUGCCCUUGUCUGAAGAGUAAAUAUAAAAAAAAUUAUUGCUAUAUAUUGAUGUAUAAUGAUAUAGUCAUAUUACACAUUAUUAAAUCACUAAAUGUACACAAGUGGAAUAUUAAAUUAUUUUAAUCAUUAUAAUUAUUAAAAUAAUUUAACAUCUAAAUUUUAUGUUCGUAUCUAAUAUAAUAAAAAAGAAUACGCUUGAA